CUGGUCGACUGGUUGAUUUGAUAGUUGAAAUAAAAUCAACCAAAACAACCUACCUAUAUACGUUAAUUAAGGAAAUCAAAGGUUCAAAAUACAUUAAAAUAACAUUUAUACAUAACCGUAUUUCUAUCAAUUAACAAUUUAGAGUGUUAUUUAUGUUUCAAAUAUGUUAGCUUCAGUUAUAAAAGAACACCAAGCCAAACAGGCUGCUAAGCGAGUCGUACAAGAGCAAAAGCGCAAGGAAUGUAUAGCAGCCGCAAAUGAUUUGACACAGGCCCUUGUUGAUCAUCUCAAUGUGGGAGUGGCCCAAGCUUAUCUCAACCAAAAGAAAUUAGAUGCUGAAGCUAAACUAUUGCACCAAGGAGCAAUAAACUUUGCGAAACAAACACAACAGUGGGUUGCUCUUGUGGAGAACUUCAGUAGUGCCCUCAAGGAAAUUGGUGAUGUUGAAAACUGGGCGAGAAGCAUAGAGAAUGACAUGAAGAUUAUCACGGAGACUUUAGAAAAGGCUUAUGAAACAACACAGGAGAAACCUAGCAAUAGUCAAUCAUAGAGUUAGGAAUUUUUUUUCUAAGUUUAACUAUAAUUAAAGGCAUAAUUCCAGAUUCAUAGAAAUACAUAAUAUAUUAUAUGACAUUCCGUUAUAUUUGUGUGUUUUAGUCGUGCAUUGACCUUGUUCAAUGCAUGGCAACUAUAAAAAUCAGCAGUGCUGCUUGUCUCGUACGACAUUCUAGGGAAGAAAUGAAGUAGUAUAUUUUAGCAACCAUGAUUUCUUUCCCAUUUUGCCACAGCACUAAGGCUUAUGUCUUAUAGUAGAGGCAAAUACAUAGUGAUCUUUGUUUUUUUUAUGAGUAAAGGAUUGUCAAACAAAAUUGGAAUAUAAAAAUCAUUUAUUAAAUUUCCAUAAAUAUAAGCUUUAUACUAAAU